GACCCUCCGCGCCUCAGUUACACUCCACAACUUGCGUCGAAGUGACGUGAUCACUUUAUACGUGUUGUUGUUAUUCAUUGACUUUAAACCAUAUAUUUUAUUAUCCGUGUAAGUGACAAUGCCGCGACCUUCGCGCGAAUCAUAUGGUGACCAAAAACCACCGUACUCCUAUAUUUCGUUAACAGCCAUGGCGAUCUGGAGCUCACCGGAGCGCAUGCUGCCGCUGUCGGAGAUCUAUCGGUUCAUCACGGACAGGUUCCCGUAUUACCGGCGCAACACUCAGCGCUGGCAGAACUCACUGCGGCACAACCUCUCGUUCAAUGACUGCUUCGUGAAGGUGCCGCGCCGCCCGGACCGGCCCGGCAAGGGCGCCUACUGGACGCUGCACCCGCAGGCUUUUGACAUGUUCGAGAAUGGAUCACUUCUCAGGAGACGCAAGCGCUUCAAGCUGCAAAAGGGAGAAAAAGAUAAUCUAAACGCAGAAUUAGCAGCUCUUGCAAGUUUUAAUAGAGCGUUUUUGGCUCGGCAAGCAAGCGCACCACCUCCACCGCCAGUUUUACCCAGUGCUAGUUUAUACACACCAUCAAUGUGCCCUCAAUUGAGUCCUGAACCGGCGGAAUUGCCAGAAGUUACAACAAUGACGAUAUUACCACGUGAAAGACCCCGACGGGCGUUUACAAUUGAUGCAUUAUUGGAACCCGAACCGCCAAGGCUGUCACCUUCCCCUCCUCAGCCAGUACUGGCGAUACAACCCAUUCCGAGGCUGGAGCUGUCGAUGCAGUCUCACUACAUGGUAGCUGCACAACGAUACCACGCAGAGCUGCUCCAGGCAGCAGCGCACGCGCUGCGCCCUUGCUAUCUGCCGCCGCCGCCUCUACCCGUCGCGUGACAUCAUCGCUCUUUUGUCAGCUGCCCCAAUAUUUCGUGCAAUGCUAGAUUGUAAGUACAUUUAAUUCUAUAAAGGGCAUCCUACUUAUGCAAAAUGAUGCAAGAAUCAUUUUCCAUUUAUUAAACCCAAUUGUUUUGUUGAUAAACAAAGGUCAUCUAAACAAACCUACUUACUUGGGUAUUAUGCUGAAGCAAUGAAGUAUAUGAAUUGAGACGACGUUAAACAUUAUGUGGAGGCCUAAAUGUUAAUAACAUGUCGGCCUGGCAUUUACCUAAUUCACGAAUAGAAAAUAUGAUUUAGCGAUCUCAUAAUUAGGUAAUUGUAGGUAAUUAUCAAAGUAGUCGUAAUUGAUAGUGUGUAUUUAUUGAAUCAAUAGGUGAUGUUGUGAGAAUAACAUGUAUGUACGCAUAUUUUGUUUAUGGCAUAGCAUAGCUAGAUCACAGUGAUCUGUUCUUUUUUUAUGCAACUUAGAAUGCCAAACAAGCUAACGGCCCACCUGAUAGAAAGUGGUAACCGUCGCCUAUAAACAUGAAAAGUACCAUGAAUGUAAAAGAUAUAUAGAGAUUUCGCUGCCGGAAAGCACAUAAUUAAGUAUGUCUCGAGAGAAAGAUACAUAAAUAUUUUGUUUUGUAAAUAGGUUUUCUUAUAAUUAAAACAUUGUACUGUACGCUAAUCGCUACAGAAUGUUGUUAUCCGUUAAGAUUGUUAUUUAUUUUAGCUAAGAUUUAUUAACAUUUAAUUUUAUUAUUUUUAUAAAAGUUUCUACUACUAUUAUCUUUGUAAAUAUGGUUCUAGUUGUUGUAUCUAUUGAAUAGAAAUAUUAAAUUGAA